AGUCUCUCAUAACUUCCACAUCGCUUGUGGUAACCCCUUCGCUUUCGGGCACGAGAGCCACUGCAAACCCAAGAGCGUAAAGUGUUGUGCUGAAAUGCAUAUUGAGUGGAUUGCUGAUCGGGCUAGGAAUUGAUGACGCUACUGAUGUUGCAUAGGCGUGCCAUGCAGUCGAAGCGUAGAAGUGCAGUUCCGAGUCCCGUCAGCUCUUCCCUCGCUGGGCAUUUCUCUCUUCGAAUGGCAAGUAAGAGCGAAGAAAUUACAGGAAAGCACCUCCCAUAUCUCAGGCACUGUUCCUGCUCGGCGUACCUCCUAUGAGUCUCAAAAUGCUUUCCGUUUGCACAGGAUGUCCACAGCUUCGAACAAAUCGACCAAAUUAUCAUCAAGAGGCCCUUUACGCAUUGCUUCGAUUCGUCAAGUUGAGACGCAAAUUUUACGAAACCUCACUGACUUACGAAAUUCCUAACCCAUCUGGUCAUAGGUUUUGCUGCCGGCGAUCAGAUCUGUCAUGGUUGCUGUCACACCGGCCGCAGUCACAUAUCGGCAGCGGUUGGGCAUGCCACGCACAGGCAUCGGCUGCUUGCAAGCAAAGCGAUGGUAGGUGUAUCAACCUUGCCUUUCGAUGCUCGCACAACACUUUAUCCUCAAUGGCUUCCGGACUUGUCACAGCAGGCGUUCUUCAAGAUGGUAUCCAGAUUUCACGGCUUUCCGACUGGUCUGGGCGGUCGCCGUCCUGUUUCGCUCAUCGCUGGAUCCGAAUAUGACUCAAAACAAGCCCUAGCUCUGGAAAGCAGUCGGCGUUCAUCUCAGCCGCGUAGUCGAGAAACGA